UAGGAUUGAGAAGUACAUUUGACAUAAAAUCGAUCGAUAAGUUCUGUUCAAGAAUUAAACAUGUUUAGAAUAAAAAGUAACAAUAUUUAUAGGAACCCUCUUACUAAUUUUCGGGCUUUAUCGACGUCGCAGGCACUCUUAGCCAAGCUUCGAUUGGCCCUCAUUGGUCAGAGCACUUUUGCAGCAGAAGUUUACAAGCUUGUGAGGGCUCGUGGUCACCAAGUAGUUGGAGUAUUUACCAUCCCAGAUAAAGCUUCCCGUGAAGACCCACUUGCAACUGUAGCCAGCAAGGAUAAUACACCUGUGUUCAAAGUAAAAGCGUGGCGUAAGGGAGACCAAGCUCUAAAAGAGAUUAUAGACCAAUACAUGCAAGUUGGAGCUGAGCUAAAUGUGCUUCCUUUCUGUUCUCAAUUUAUACCAAUGGAAGUCAUUAACCAUCCUAAACAUAAAAGUAUUUGUUAUCAUCCUUCUAUUUUGCCCAAGCAUAGAGGUGUGAGUGCAAUCAACUGGACUUUAAUCAAUGGUGAUGAAGAGGCUGGAUUCUCUGUAUUUUGGGCAGACGAGGGACUAGAUACAGGUCCGUUGCUUCUUCAGCAAAAGUGCAAAGUUGAACGCAACGACACUGUGGAUUCCUUGUACAGCCGUUUCCUUUACCCAGCUGGUAUUCAAGCUAUGGCUGAUGCAGUGGACAUGGUGGCUAAUGGAACAGCUCCAAAAAUAGAUCAACCCACAGAAGGUGCUUCAUUUGAGCCCUCAGUACGCAAGAAGGACCUUCAAAAGGUAGACUGGAACAGCGGAGGCCUAGAAAUCCACAACUUUAUACGAGGGCUUGAUAGUUCUCCUGGAGCUUGGGCUGUUAUGAAUAAUGAAGAAGUUAAGCUUUUUGCAUCGGGUUUGUGGGAAAGUGCUAAACCAGAUGGACAGUGUGUACAGAUAGAUGGUAUGGACACUCCUGGUUUAGUUCACGCUGGUGGACUUCUACUUGUUGGAAGUGAUGGAAAAAUGGUGAACGUGGAGAGAUUAUCCGUGAAAGGUAGGAUGAUCCCUGCAUCACAGUUUGGGAAACAGAAGAGUGAGGGCGAUGCUUUAAAAUUAACAGAUAAAGAACAAGAAAUGGCUCAGGCUUUAAAUGAGAUAUGGGCAAGCAUUUUGAGCUUAGAGGUAAAUGCCAGCACUGAUUUUUUUGCAUCUGGUGCCGGUUCAAUGGAUGUAGUUAGACUGGUUGAAGAAAUCAAAGAAAAUCUUAAAGUUACUCUGCAAAACGAAGAUGUAUUUAUGUCACCAGUAUUCUCAGAGUUUUGUGAAACCGUAAUCAAGAAGGCUCGUGGAUUGUCUGAUAAAAAAGAGUUGAAAUAUUCGGCAGUUAAUAUCAGUGCCAACAGUCUAAAUCUAAGUUUUCCUAACCAGUUGUUUAUCAACAACAAUUUUGUUGAUUCUGAGUCAAAUGGAUCAAUUGACUGUAUAAAUCCUGCGGAUGAGUCUGUCAUAUGUAAGGUGCAGUCUGCAACUGAGAAAGAUGUCGACACAGCUGUUGAAAUGGCCAAAAAAGCUUUUUAUGAGGGAGAGUGGUCAAAGAUUAGCAGUAGAGAUCGUGGGGUUUUGAUGCAUCGACUCGCAGAUUUGAUGGAGGAACAUAAAGAGGAGUUGGCAACGAUAGAAAGCAUAGAUUCAGGGGCAGUAUAUACCCUGGCACUCAAAACACAUGUUGGAAUGUCCAUAGAAACAUGGCGAUAUUUUGCUGGUUGGACGGACAAGAUUCACGGCUCCACUAUCCCCAUCAGUCAUGCAAGACCCAACCGAAACCUUACCAUAACUAAGCGAGAACCCAUUGGGGUCUGUGGACUAAUAACACCUUGGAACUACCCUCUCAUGAUGCUCUCCUGGAAGAUGGCUCCAUGCUUGGCUGCUGGGAACACUGUUGUGAUGAAACCAUCGGAGCAGUCUCCCCUCACGGCUCUAAAGUUUGCAGAACUCUCCGUCAAAGCAGGCUUCCCUCCUGGAGUGAUCAACAUUCUACCUGGCACAGGAAUUGAAACGGGUAAUGCCAUCACCAAUCAUCCAGAUAUCAGAAAAGUUGGAUUUACUGGCAGCACAAUAACAGGCCAAAAAGUGAUGAAAAAUGCAGCUGCUAAUUUAAAAAAAGUUUCAUUGGAACUUGGUGGCAAAUCUCCACUAGUAAUAUUUGAUGAUUUUGACCUUGAUAAAAGUGUUAGACUGAGUAUGGGUGGUGUUUUCUUCAACAAGGGUGAGAAUUGUAUUGCUGCAGGACGUGUUUUUGUUGAAUCAAGUAUUCAUGAUGAAUUCCUGCAAAAGGUGGUGGAGGAAACAAAAAAAAUUGUAGUGGGAGAUCCACUAAACCGUAACACUCAGCAUGGACCUCAGAAUCAUUUGGCUCACUUGGAAAAGCUUGAGAAAUACUGCAGAGCUGCAGAAAAGGAGGGAGCAAAACUAGUUUUUGGAGGGAAGCGUUGUGAUCGACCAGGCUAUUUCUUUCAGCCUACCAUCUUUAGUGAUGUUGAAGAUCAUAUGUUUAUUGCCAAUGAGGAAGCCUUUGGCCCUAUUAUGGCUGUUUCUAAGUUUUCAAGCAGUGAUAUGGAUUCCUUAAUUAAGAGAUUGAACAGCAUAGAGUAUGGCCUGGCAUCAGGCAUAUUUACAAGGGACAUCAAUCGUGCUUUAAACUUUGCUGAGAGGAUUGAGGCUGGAUCAGUCUUCAUCAACACUUACAACAAGACUGAUGUGGCUGCUCCCUUUGGUGGCUUCAAACAAUCUGGCUUCGGGAAAGAUCUUGGAGAGGAAGCCUUGAAUGAGUACACAAAAGUCAAGUGUAUUACCGUGGAGUACUAGUAGUACCAUACCAUACGUCACAUCUUUUCUUUCCUUAUAUUUAAGAUAAAGUCAGUCUGAAAAAAAUUACUAUAAUGAAAUCUCAACAUUGCAACUUAUGAGGACUUAAAUAUUUUUAGAUAUGUUUUCUAAGUUACUGUAUUAAACUACGUGUGGAACAUUGCUGCUAUGAAUAACCUUUGAGGUUGAAGUCAAAGGAUAAAAUAUCAAAUAGUCUUGGAUACAGUGGCGGAUCUAAAGGGGGGGGGGGCGAAGGGGGCAUCCGCCCCCUCCCCCUGGAGCAUACAUAUACAUAUAUUUUUAACUGCAUGUAAUACAGUAGUGCAUACACAUUGCGUAAAAUAAUUUGUCACACUAACUUUGGACAAAGAAAUGGUAUAAAACUGCUAUUUUGGAGACUUAGUUUACACAUAUUUUUCGGGGGGGUUCCCCCGAACCCCCCCCCCCAGACCUCCUGGUUUGCCCCCCCCCUUGUGACUGUUCUAGAUCCGCCACUGCUUAGAGAUAAAUGUAACAGAGCCACUUACAGCUGGUUAGUACAAACACAAACAGAGUGAUCAGAAAUUUUAUGGUUUAUCCAUGCAAUUCGGACAGAGUAGGUAUAACAAUUGCCUUGAUUACUGGUUUGAUUCUGAGAAAUGGUUCUGGGCCCACUUUCCUUUCUUUUGUUUUUUAGAUAUUAAUUAAUGAUGCUUUUUAGUAACAGAUACCAGUUUCAAAAUCUAGUUUUAAUAGAGUCUAGUUUUGACCUUCCCUUACAAAAAACAUAAAUUAUGCAAAUGGCAUUAGAAAAAAUAGUAAAAAAAGUAGUUAAUAAGUAGG